AUGGUGUGCAUUCCUUGUAUUGUCAUUCCCAUUCUCCUCUGGGUCUACAAGAAAUUCCUGGAGCCAUGCAUUUAUCCUGUCUUCGCCCCUUUCAUUAAGCGCAUGUGGCCCAAGAAAGCUCUGCAAGAAGAAACGGCUACAAAACAAAGGCAAGGAGGCAGCGCUCAAAAUCGAUGGGUACCUUCAGCCACAAAAAGAAGUCAUGAAGAUGAGGCUGGAAUUUAUCAA